AUGCCUUCCGCUGCCGACAACGCCUCCAUCUUUUCGGGCAUCUCGGCUGCUCCGUCCCGCUUUGGCACUUCGCGACAGCCUCAGUUCACCCUGGACACCUUUUCCAGUCAAGACUUCAUUGUCAAGGACUUUAUCGAAGCUCUGUCUGAUGCUGCAAUCCCUCCGAGUCGCCGUACCGGCCCGCAAGCCGUCGCUUUCGAUCCGAAACCCCUGAUCCGCACCUUCGAACAGGCCCUCAAUAGACUGAAGCUCUUGAGUGAAGACCUCGAGGUGCAAGAGAACGAACUGUCUGGCGGCGUUAGACGAGCAGAGGCUGUGCACAACCAGAAUGUCCAAGCUAGAGAAAGGGAACUCGAACGCGCAGUCGACUCUUUCCAUCGCCUAGAGAGAAGUCUGGACAAUGGUGAUCAAGGCGGGAAUGCCGCCGUCAGAAUAGGAGAACGUCUCGACGAGUUGGAUCGCCAGAGUCAGCGCGCUCAGGAUGCCAAAUUCAUAUUGCAGUGCUGGAUCGAUGUGAGCGAGCGUCGUGAUCUGUCCAGUCUUGACGACGUCAGAAGACUUCAAGGUGGUGAAGGGAAACUGCGUUGUGCUCAUAUAGCUCGUCAGUUGCUCAAGAUCAGCCAACGUCUCGACUCAUCCACUUCGCACUCUAACGGUGAUGCUACGAAUGGCAAUGACACCCCGACCGAGCUGAUCGAGAAGUUCUUGGAGUCUCUGGAGAAAGAUCUACUUAAACAAUUCGAUGACUUUUACCGACGUCAGAACUUUGAUGGCAUGAGAGAGUGUGCCGUCGCCCUAAAAGACUUUGGCGAUGGUGCUAGCGUCAUGGGACUCUUCGUCAACCAACACCAGUUCUUUAUUGAUCGCAGCCAGCUCAUCACAGAAGACCUAGCCGCCGAUCCAGAGACAUGGGAACGUCUUGCUGACCCUGAUACAGAACCUCCUGGUGUCGAGCCGAGUUUGCAGAGUCUGGUAGACGAAGUGAAGCUUGUCGUCCAAGAGGAGAGCUUCAUCAUCAAGAAGGCGUUCCCCUUCCAUGAAGAAGUUUUGGUGCGCUUCUUACAGAGGAUCUUCCAGCAGUCCAUUCAGCAAAAGCUUGAGAUGGUCCUUGAUAAGGCGGACUCUGUCUCUUCUUUGGCCUUCUUACGAUCAUUGCAAGCCAGCAGGAGCUACAUCUCUGCCUUGGUUGAGGACCUGAAAGCACAUGGUCUGACUGAGCAUCCAGAACCAGCAUCUGCGCAGACUGCCGCCGUCCUUGACCAGCAGCUUGAGGACCUCUUCAUACCCUAUUUCUCGGGCUCAUCCUACAUUGAGCGUGAAAAGAGAAGCUUAGAAGAGCUCUACGCGUCCCUUCUGUUCAAAUUUACAACCUAUCAUACCCGUCGACGAAAGAUGCCAACGUCUUAUCUCGGCUCUCUCUCUGCUCGCAGUAGGGAGCUCAUCUCAUCAACACGCGACACAUAUCUCGAUAAGCUCGAGAACUCCGACAUUCCAGCCUCCCAAAAGUCCACGCUACUGCGUAUUGCGGGCCUCAAUCCUAAUGCCAGCCACACGCAUAAUAGAAACGACGUCGAUGUGUCCGAGGAAGAUGGUGCACUAAGCUUGCCAUUCAUCAAACGCAUGCUCAAGUGGCUGGCUGAGAGUGUGGGUCGAGGUCUCGAGUUGGCCAACGGACACGAAACCCCAAAAGACGUGCGAGAACUGCUAGGAUUGCUCAUCGCGAAUAUGGGCGAAAUAUAUCUCGAAACAGCGCUGGACGCCGUGACAGAAUCAGCAACCGCAGCAGAGAGUAGCACAAAGACCGAGCCAGAUUUUGGACAUCUCGUUGACCUCCGCAGCGCAGUCAGCAUCCUACAUCUCCUCCUUGCUACGAUCCAGACCCUUCUUCUGCCACUAGCAGCCAGUAACCUUACCAUCCGCCGCGAUCUUGACAAGACUACAAAUUCCUUCAUUGACCGUAGCGAGCUCAAGAUUGAUACCGUCUUGCAAAAAACCAUUGAUGCGACUUUAUCAUAUUCUUCACGAAUUCUCUCCCAGCAGAAGAAAACAGACUUCCGACCUCGUGACGACGCUCUGCUGCAACUAGAUCAGCUCCAAACACCGACUUGUCUUGCCCUGUUCAACUUUCUGACAAAGGUUCAUACCAGAGCGGAAACAGCACUAUCUGGCAAGGUGCUGGAGAAUUUCCUCUUGGAGCUGGCAUUAGGCGUGCGCGCUCUUCUUCUCAACCAUUUCAGAAGCUAUCCAGUUUCUCUAACUGGUGGACUCAUCGUGUCCAAAGACAUGGCCAAGUACAUCGAAUUACUGAAGUCUUGGAAAUUACCCCAGCCCUUCAAAGAGAGUCUUGAAGUCCUGACAGAGAUUGCGAAUCUGUUCGUCAUUGGGCCCGAGGCUCUGAGAGACAGAGUUAAAGGUCUAGAUGAGGCAGGUACCACGAAUGGAGCUGAGAAGGGCAACGGAAGUAGGAUUGAAAAGGCUGAUGUAAAGCCAUUCAUCUUGAUGAGAGAAGAUGCUAAGAGCAUUGGCGUCCAGAGUGUUCUGGGACUUUAG